CAUGUUAUGUUAUUGUUAUGUAGUGAUACAAUUUUAGAAAGGUUGAAAUACCGUGACCGUAGUAAACAAUAUUUUUUUCUUCAUUAAUGAAAUACUUUUUAAUUAAUUUGCUGCUUUUAACACACAACCCUGUAGAAAAAAGUGAACACGGACGCGUGGACGCGUGUUGUGUAAACUUCACCAAAAUAACGAAAAUGUAUGACACAAAUUCUGGUUUUAAAAGUAUGGAUGUGGCUUCUGGUGUAUCAGAGUCAGCUACCUCCCGUCUUCCGGAACGAUCAAGAAAAGCAUAUGACAAAAUUUACCAAGACUUUAUGAACUGGAAAAUAUCAAAUGAUAUAGAAUCUUUCAAAGAAGAUGUGAUACUAUCAUACUUUAGUGAAAUGUCGGACAAAUUCAAAUACUCCACCUUGGCAACAAAUUUUUCUAUUCUAAAAAAUACUUUAGUACUGAAUCAUAAGGUGGACAUCUCAAAAUAUUCUAAGGUGAUUGCUCUCUUAAAAAGCAAAGCAGAGGGCUAUACAGGGAAAAAAUCAAAGACAUUUUCACCCGAUGAUAUAAACAAGUUCAUAAAAGAAGCACAUGAUGAUGAAUACCUUGCUGCUAAGGUUGCCUUGAUAUUUGGCAUUGUGGGUGCUUGUCGGCGGCAAGAAUUGCACAGACUUCGGUUUACUGAUGUUGAAGUCUAUGAAGCGAGGAUUUUUGUAAAAAUCUAUAAUGCCAAAUCAAAUACAUACCGAGUCUUCACUAUCACUGGCGAAUAUUUUGAACUUGUUAAAAAAUACAUAAGUCUGCGACCUGAUCACUGCCAUACCCCAAGCUUUUUCAUACAUUACCAAACAGGCAAAUAUACCUCAAUGAGUGUAGGUAUUAAUCAGUUUGGUAAUUUAGGCAAAACUAUUGCCAAAUACUUAGGACUACCCAAUCCAGAGUUAUACACCGGACACUGUUUUCGGAGGACAUCAGCAACAAUAUUAGUUGAUGCAGAUGGAGAUAUUUUACCUUUACGAGGGCAGGCUAGAUACAAAACAAUACCUGUAUCAGAACCAGAAGACUCUACCAGCGACUCAAUGUCAAGUUUAGUUGCAAACAAAAGUAUUGUAGACAAAAAUGGACCAAGUAAACCAGAGAACUGUUCAAGCGACAUAACCGAGUUAAGAAAUGAUGAGUCACAUCAUUUUCCAACUUCCUUUGAAAACCAGAGUAUUGAACAUGUAAAUAUAAAUAUUUCAAAUACAGAUGAUGUGGAGAACUCAAUGGACAAUAAAGAUGAAGUUUGGAGCCAAAUACAGAAUUGUUUCUUCAAGAAAAAAACUGACACAAGUGUGAAUACUCCAGGCACAAGUUUAUCAGAAGACUACUUCGAUGAUUUAAUGGAGGAUGAAGAUAAAGUGAAGAAUCCUACUGAAAAUCCUUUAGAAGACAAUGGUAACAAAAUUGUUAAUAUUAGUGUGCCGGGUACACCAGGUAAUUUGAAGCAAAUAUUGAGUACCCUAGUGCGUUUCAACAAUUGCAAUAUUCAAAAUAUUAAUAUUUAUUGCAAUAAGUAAGACAUUAGUUAUAUUUUGAGACAUGGGUGGUUAUGACACUGGCCCACCAGUGUGUAAGGCUGAUAGUCCACUAUCAUAUGUUUAUCAUAAAAAAAUAUGAUCAUAGAUCUGUAUACCUCGUUUUUUCUCCAACGCGAAGACACUCCUUUUUGCUGUGUACUUAACACAGCAAAAGGGAAUGUACAAGUUUCUAAUGGGGUGGCAACGCGCAUGUGACACUGUUUGCGUUGCAUGCGUUCAGGUUACGGUGACCGCUUUCCAUCAGGCGGACCGUAUGCUUGUUUGCCACCGACGUAGUAUUUAAAAAAAAAAGGAUGACAUGAUGCCUAUGAUCAUAUUUCUAUGAUAAACAUGUGAUAGUUACUGGCUUACUGCUAAACAUAUUAGUAUGGUUGUUCAAAUGUUCAAUAAAAUUGUAAAGUCAGUGUUAUAAUAUAAGCACUCAGGGUAGUAUCUCCGAAUUUUAUUAUUAUUAUUAUUCAAUUAUAGGCGAGCAGCUAUUCAGCUGAUGAGCCUAUGUCACACAGUUUUAAUGAAUGAUUAUUUACAACUAGGGAACAAACUAAAUUAUUUUAUUGAAUAUUUUUUGAUUUGUUCUUUUUCAAGUAGUCACACUACUAUAUAUAUAAAUUGUAAUAGAUAUCAUACACGACGGAAAAAAAACGACAAGGCCCGCUGGUGGCCGGGGAGUUUGGUAUAGUGGUAAUGACGUUAGCCGCGUAAGCUGAAGACCCGGGUUCGAUUCCCGGCUCGGCCACCAGUAAGCCUUGUCGU